AGUGAAACACCGAGCGAGCUAUAAAAGUCUGUGUGUCAUCCCCUCCACUCCACACUCCUCUCAACUCUCAACAAGAAGAAGCAGAAGCAUCGAUCCAAUCCAAUCGAGGCCAUGGCCGCCGGCGUGAAGAACAUGGUCAUCGCCAUCCUCGUCCCUCUCCCUUCCCUCCUCUUCUUCUUCUCUUUCGUCCGCCCCACCACCACCCCGUCCCCGGUGUCGUCGUGGUGCGCCGCCCACCCCCUCCUCGUCGCCAACCUCCUCUUCCUCUUCAACGUUGACCUCCUCUUCUGGCUCAUCGGCAAUCUCCUCUCCAACCACUGGCUCAUCGAUCUGUACUGGACCGUCAUCCCGGUGAUGCUGCUGCACUACUACCGGGCCCACCCGGCCGCGGUUGCGGACACGGCGAGGUCGGCGGUGGCGGUGGCGCUCACCUGGGUGUGGAGCGCCAGGCUGACGCACAACUACCUGAGGAGGGAAGGGUGGCAAUGGGGCAAGAGGGAGGAUUGGAGGUUCGCCGAGAUGCGGGGGCAGUACGGCAGGGCGUGGUGGUGGAUGUCCUUCUUCGCCGUCUACCUCUCGCAGCAGGUGUUCCUCAUCGGCAUCUGCCUCCCCAUGUACGCCAUCCACUCCACCACCCAGCCAUGGGGCGCCUGGGACGUCGUGGCAACAAUGGCAUGCCUCGCCGGCAUCGUCAUCGCCCACUUCGCCGACACGCAGCUGCACAGGUUCGUGACCACCAACGAGAAGCUGAAGAAGGUCGGCGAGCCCACGGUGCUGACCAUGGAGGCCGGGCUGUGGCGGUACUCGCGGCAUCCCAACUACUUCGGGGAGCAGCUGUGGUGGUGGGGGCUGUACCUGUUCGCCUGGAACAUCGGGCAGCCAUGGAUGGUGGUCGGGCCGCUUGUGAACAGCCUGUGCCUUGGCUAUGUCACCGUGCUGGUGGAGCGGCGAAUGGUGAAGCAGGAGCACCGAGCAGAGGCCUACAAGCUGUACCAGAAGAGGACCUCCGUUUGGAUCCCCUGGUUCAGGAAGCCCGUCCCUCAACCCUACAACCACAAGGACAGCUCAAACCAAAAUUCGCUCAAAAUUUCGCACUCUUGAUUGUUCACCUUUAUGUGUUUGAUCACUUUGAUUGCUCCUUCCUGUCUGUCGUGCUUUUGUGAUGUUUCAUUUGUUGUCGUGUAAUUAACUAUUUGUAAUCUGUAACUUGUACCAUCAUCACUUUGCAAGGUGUCUGCAAAUUCACGGUGUAAUCUCUACUCAUCGCCUUCACUAAAAUGAAUUACAUGUAUUACUAGCGAGCGACAGCUGAAUGCUUGAUGCA